UUUUAUUUAUUUUGUAUUUAGACACAGCACAGAUAGUUCCUGUUUUCCAGAGCCUGACUUUCUCUAUGCUAAGUACAACUUCCACUCUCCUUGGAGUCGCAUAUUAGCUUUUGUUUUCCUCAAGUAACCUUCAUGGUCUGAGUCAAGUUGGCUAUAGCAGCAUGACCUUGCGCUGAGCCUUUUUGGAGGAAGCAAGACUUUGCCAGCAGUUCUCCAUGUGCAUCCUUUUAUUUAAGUUUGACCCUCGGCCAGUUUCGAAAAAUGCGUACAGGCUUAUCCUAGCAGCUAAUAGAGAUGAGUUUUACAACAGGCCGUCCAAGUCAGCAGAUUUUUGGGACAGCAGCAAUGAGAUCCUUAGCGGUCUGGAUAUGGAGGAAGGGAAAGAAGGUGGGACAUGGUUAGGAAUCAGUAAGAAAGGCAAGAUGGCAGCGCUGACAAACUACAUGCAGCCAAAGAUUGAUAAAAAUGCAAAGGCAAGAGGUGCUCUCGUAACAAACUUCUUGACUUCAGAUCUGGACAGCUCCUCUUAUUUGAGGAAAGUUGCGUUGGAAGGACACCUUUACAAUGGCUUUAAUUUAAUAGCAGCCGAUCUGAAUACUACCAAGGGAGAUGUAAUUUGCUACUACGGAAACAAAGGAGAACCAGAACCUAUCUUCCUGAAUCCGGGAAUCUAUGGACUGAGUAAUUCUUUCUUGGAUACUCCAUGGAAAAAACUUCAGUAUGGCAAGCAGCUUUUCACAGAUGUGAUCAAGCAAAGUCAGGACCUUACCAAAGAAGACCUGGUGAAGGAGCUCAUUAAAGUGAUGAAUAAUCAAGAGCCGCAGUUACCAGACCCUGCAAUUGAGGACCAAGGACAGGACUACAUACGGCCUAUACUGAACAAGUAUGCAGCUGUGUGUGUUCGUAGUCCAGGCUAUGGAACAAGGACUAAUACAAUCAUCCUCGUUGAUGCAGAAGGACAAGUUACUUUCACAGAGCGCACCAUGCUUGAUGCAGAUAUCAACCAAUGGAAAACGAGCACCUAUCAAUUCAAACUGCAGACCUAACAACUUUCCAUUUGAAUGGAUCCUGAUAAAAGAAACAAGAGAACAAGCCACUGAACUCCAAUAAAGGCUUUGUACCAGCCCCCAGAAUCCAGAGACAGCAAAAAAAAAAAAAAAAAGCAUAAGUUUAUUUAAACCAGUAGCACACGCUAGCAACCACUCAACUUUUUGCACAAAACCAAAAGGGGUGGGAAAAGGGGCAACUUUUUUUACACUGAACUGUAGCUGAAUUAACAAAUGUAUUUGUUAUUAUGCAGUUCUUUAUUUUAACUUUAAGCUUAAAAGGGAUAUUACCAGGCUAAAAUCAUAUUGAAAAGUACCACUGUUGGUAUCUGUUCUGCCUGGUCCUGGGAAGUACUUGUGUGCCUGUGAUUUAAGGCCAAACUGAUGGUAUACAUCACCUUGGAAGAUCAGGUCCAAGAUGAUUGAAGUCAGUUUUCAAGAUCUAACUCUUAUUGCAGUUUUGCUAAUUGAACUUGUUUGCACUGUAGGCACUUCACUCAGCUUAGAUGGAGAAAGUCAGCUAAGCAGUUCCGUAUUUGUGUAGUUGAUUUUUCUCAUCCCGCUGGGCGCUGGCACAACUAUGUAGGGGGAUGGCUGGAAACGGUGCCUGGAAGUGUGUUCAUCUGAUUCCAAAAAAAAAAAUCUGCAGAAAAAUUUUAUAAAAGGGAAAAUGUUGUUUCUGUUGACUUUAAAAUUCCUAUAUAAUCAAGGUUUUUACAAAACCUGUCAGUGUCCCUUCAACAGGCCAUUAGGGUUUUCCUGAGCUUGGAGUAUGCAUAUCAGUGAGUGUGCAUUAUGUUUGCAGCAUUAUAUGUUCUAGUAACACAUGAACUUUCUCACACAACAGAGGUGUAAUGCUCUGCCUGGGGGAAGAAGGGCUUUGUUCUUCAUUUCCUUCAACAGUACAGUGAUUUAUUCUGUACUCUUUAUCGUUGCUUGUAAUGCUUCUUUGUGGGGGGGUUGUGAAGUUGGAGUUUGGGUCUGUGCUAUUUAGCUAUUUCGUUCAGGAGCAACUAAAACAUCACAGAGCAUGAUGUGCUCUGCCUCUGAAGUGAGGGGUUCUUGUGCUCUCUCUUGUGGCACCUUGUGUUCCUGCAGUCUGACCAUCUAUCUUUUGUCCCCUUGUUUUAUUUCCCAGCAGGGAGUCAAAUAGUAGGAUAUACAUUUGCUAGCAAAGAUGAAUAUGAAGUUUAUAUAUACUUACACUUUUUUUGUAAGCACAUGGCUUUAGCCUUAUUUCUGGGUGGGGCUGCUGACAUCUCACAGUAAAAUAGAACACUUGUUCUAUGGUUAUAUUGCAGUUUUCUAUUGCCGAAAAGAAAAAAUCAGGUAUUGUAGUACACUCCCUGUGUUCCUUGCAGCUGUGAACUAUAAAGCUAUUUAAAUGCAUGUUUUCUUUCAGUUAGUCUAUUCCAGAGGUGGGUGAAGGAGAGACUUUUGCUAAUAUCAAGGUAUUUUUAAAAUCCUACAUUAUUUUUGCUGCUGUUUUGGUGAUACUGUAGCUUAUUCCAAAUGCCAGAUCUUAAAUUAAUAAUAUACACAUGUCUCUGCCCCACAACCGCCUCCAUCUUCCCACAUCCCCCCACUCCCAGUCACUGAAAGAAUUUUUUCUACAAUUUUCUGAUCAUCACAGUCAUAAUUGCAAAGUAGCAGCAUUUCCUCUGACCCACAGGAAACAAUUGUUUCCUGCAUUCUAGGCCUAAACUUCACACAGAAGUGCUUAUAGGAAAUCAAAGCCUCUUAGCAUAGAUUUUGCCCUGGAGGUCUGAUUUGCUAGAGUUAGAACAGUGAAAGGCCAUUCCUAGGAGGGCCCUCAUUCUCAGGAGGUACCAAAAUAGUAUUCAUGCUAAUUUAUUUCCUUUUAUAUUUGCCUUUAAGUAUUUCUGGCUAUCAGGACUACUCACAUGCUUAGUUAAGUAUGUACUUAAGUGCUUUGAUGUUUUAGGACCACACUGUGUAUGGCACAAUGUUUAAGUGCAUUUUCUGACACACCUUAAGCACAAGACUGUUCGUAUAACCGUCUCAAUUGGAGCUGCACCUUUUUGUGUCAUGACAUAUCGAUAGUGCACUUGGUUUCACUGUAGGAGACUCCCCGAUGCUCUUUUUGCAUGCUGUAGGUGGAGUUUCCCAUAUCUUUACCUGGCUGUUAAUAUCAGUGAUUUUAACUUUAUUGGAGGUGGGGAGGGGGGUAUGUGUAUACACGUAUAACAUAAAAAUCUGAUAUAUUUCCACAUAAGCAAAUAAAAUAGUUGAUAAGCAAUGUGAGAAAUUUUAUAUAACUUAACACUACCACUAAAAUAAAAAUUUGCUAAUUGAACACAUUUGAUAAUCACGCCAGCCGGCAUUUCCAAGUGUCAAAGAUUCUGAUUUAGUGCUGGCAAUAUUUGGCUGAGCCUUAAACUUCCAAGAGUUUCUCAAUGCAAUAUGCUAAGCAACUGUGUUUAAUUUUGAUGCUACAAGUAUGCUUUCAAAACAAAUGAAUUUCUAUUAUUACUAAACCUGUCGGACUCCAAUUCAUAUUCACCCUCUUAUUUAAAUGUUUUAAAAUUAUAUUGCUGAGAUACGUAUGGCCAAAAUGUUAUCUACUUUUUUGUUUCUUAAUAGAAAAAUCACUUUCACUGCUUUUUCUCUUCAAAAUGGCUUCCAAACACGAGUCUUCACAGCAGCUUUGUGAACUGGGGAAGGGAUUAGCCCUGUCUUGAAGGGAAAACUGAGAUGGGGAUUUAAUCUUUGUCAGCUGGGGUGUGAACGCAUGAGGCCCUAAUACUGUUUCCUGGGCUUACAUGAAAUCUUGAUUUCUUUGGUUUUGUAUUUGUGGGAAGUAUUGUACUUCUAGUUUAAAAGGUAAAGCCAAAAUUAUAUUAAAUUACACAUUCAACAUAUAUAUCAUUGAAUUCUAAAGAAAACGCGUAAUGUUCCUCUGAUCAGUGCAUCAGAAGAGUUGAUGAAGUGUGAACCCUGCUUUACUUUUGAAGCCCAUUGGAUUUUUGCUGUUGGCUUUAGUGGGAACAAGAUUGGGUUUAAUCUUCUGAGUUGUGCUGAUAUUGGCAAUGAAGCUUGCAUACAGAAAUGUUCAGGUAUAAUGGAUUGUAUAAGCUGGUGUUCACUGCUAAGUGUUCAUUUUGGUUUCAUUGAAUGCACUGGAAAUAGUCAACUGUAGCUAAGUAUCAAAGACAAAAUUGUCAGGGAAAGCAUUUUAUUUUUAUAAGGUAUUUUAAAAUAAGAGAAAACUGUGAAUUAAACCUAUACAUCAGUUAUCCGACGACAUUUUUAGGUUUCUUAAUUUACAUAGAGUAGGUUUUAAAGUCAAAGUUACAGCAGCUUUUUCUUCUACCUAAUCAGUUGUUUUAUCACUGAAAUGGUAACAAGGAAUUUUAAAAUACUAUUUAUAACUUCUUGAUUCCAUUUUUCUUGCUUUGUAAACUUGUUUUAUAUAUUGUCAUUUGCAUAUCUGUAUUCAGAGGUAGAGUCAGAAUAAAUUCAAUUUGGUGACCA